AUGGUUCAAAUCCUCUCAAAUGAAGGAGUGAACCCAUUAACAAUAGCACUAGCCGUGGCUGCAAAGCAUACCGGAGGUCGAUUCAUCUGCGUUCUUGACCAGCAACAAGACAUGGAAGACUGCAAAGCUCAACUUUCUUGUUAUGAUCUCGAAGACAAGGUUGAGUUCGUCCAUGGAAAUCCUUGUGAGAUUGUCAUGCAGUUUAAGAGCAUUGAUUUUGCUGUUAUUGACUGUAAGUUUGAAGACCACUUGAAAUUAUUCAAGACCAUAGAUGUGAAUCCGAGAGGGUCUAUAGUAUUAGUAAGCAACCUUGUGAGAAGAAGAAAUGGAGUUUCAUUUGGUGAAGUUGUUAGGAGGAAGAAAGGAGUUGAAUAUGUGACUCUUCAUAUAGGACAAGGAAUGGAGUUGACAAGAAUUGGUUUUACUUGCAACGGUCAUGAGACUAGGAGGUAUAAGAGAUUUCAUGUCACAUUUGAGAGUUGA